AUGACGGCGCUGAUUGACGUGAAACCUGGAGCCAAUUUGCUGCAGAUCGGUGGUCAGGACGUGGAGGUCCGUCUCCCAGCAGAAGAUGCAGGCAUUCGUGCCGUCUUUUGGUCCGAUCCAUGCUUCUCGUCAAAAUGGAUUGGCUGCGCUUAUGCAGAGGUCUUCAACACUUUUGAGAAUUCCAUAGCCAUGCUCAAUGCAGUAUUUUCUGACCCUAGCAUGGACAUGUUCUCGAUCCUGGGCGACAACUUCUACGACCAGACUGGAGAGUUGGCGACGACUUUCUUCGACCGACUCUCCCCAGAUGUCAAGAGGCGGUUCAUGCUUGUGGUGAAUGGCAACCACGACAUUUGGGUCUGUGGAAGUCCUGGCUGCGGUGACGAGAACGACAACUUUGGCAUUGGGCAGAUGCAGUACUACGCCGCUGACCCGGUUGCCUCCCGCAUUCCACCGCAGGACGACGUGAAUUUCAUGGACUUCUCCGUCGAUCCCGACAUUAGGAAAGCCUGGACCAGCUUUCAGAACGUGGGUACCAACUUCCUGGUUUAUCACAAGCUCGGGAACAUCGGCUUCCUUGCCUUUUCUGGAGCAGCUCUGUUCACAGACAUGCUUCCCUACUUCACAGAGGCAUGCGAUUACUUCGUGGAGACCCAGCCUGCCGUCGUGUUCCUCCUCGGACAUUGGAAUGGAGGGGGUCUUGGCUGUGCCUUGGGCAUGUCUGUGCCGAAAGUUCACCAGGAGCUGCUGCAGCUGACAAGCUGCAAGGCGCUGGGCAAUCGCCUGAAGUACAUGGACGGGCAUGAGCACUGCAAUUAUGUCCAAGCCAAUGCAACAGAACCUGUCGGGUUCAUGAUCGGCGCUCAUGGCAUGUCCGACAGCGCAUGUGAGGCGCAAUACGGCUUCUUGUUUCUGGACAGUACGUCCGCGAGGGUCAGGCGCGUCCUGGCAUCAGCUGUGAAGCGUCUGCAAGCCGUAGUGGUCUGGGAUUGCGGCCCGCUCAUCCAUUCGCAGCCAUGGUGUCUUGCAUAG